CAUGACGCAUGAGUGAUUCGAUGUUAGAGAAUCAGAACACUAUGUGUAGGUAGCAGUUCCCUUGUCAGCUUCCUCGUUCCUAGCCAGGACACGGUACAGUACUGGAUAGGUCGCGGGUCAAUGAUUCCGGUCAUUACUACUUGGAUCCGGCGUCGACACACACUGGUCAACACCACGUACGGAUGAGUUUGGAGCGGCAUGCGAAGAAGCAGUCUCUCGCGUUGCAGCCUCGAUACGCUUGACCUGCGAGCGACCAAGGUUGUCGAGCACCCAGCGCGGCGGUCUCCAGGACGUUGCGCGGAAGGUAAGGCGUGUCGCCGCGUAUUCUUGGCUACCACAAGGCGUCAGGAGCCUGCAGCAGUAAUGCGCGACGCCAAGCCCGUCUUCGGCCACCACAGGCUGCCACGUAUGCCUCCCGCACCGAAACUGUCCUCUCACGUUUCGAACU